AUGUCCAGCGACCCGAAUUUCUCGCUCAUAAGCUUCUUGGAGUGCCUCAACGAGAUCGAGCACGAGUUUCUGCGAGAUAAAGGGGAGAAUUACCCCGUUCUCGUGCGUAAACUCCGAGAGCUGCAACAAAAGAUACCCAACGACAUUGCAAACCUACCCCGCGAUCCCGAAACGAUCCAGCAAAUUCACCAGACUACACACAGGAUUAGAGCCGUUGCCCAGGCAUUUAUACGUUUCGACCAGAAGUUCGUCUCUCUGUGUUCCGAGGUCGUUCACGGCACGAGCAAAGUCAUGCAGGAGUUCAAUGUCGUAAGUCCUGAUGUAGGGUGUCGAAAUCUUUCGGAGGAUCUUCCUGCGUAUCACAUGCGUAAACACUUUCUCCUUACUCUCGACAACCCUUAUCCGACUCAAGAAGAGAAAGAAACCCUCGUUAGGUUGACCAACGAAUCCACAGCAAGAGUUGGCCAGUCCAGCGUAAAUCGUCCUCCGCUCGAGGUUCAUCAGCUCACGCUAUGGUUCAUUAACGCACGCCGUCGUUCUGGAUGGUCUCAUAUUCUGAAGAAGUUCGCACGCGAGGAUCGUUCACGGAUGAAACAUCUGGUACGGGCCAAGCUGUCUUCAUCAAACCAGUCUACUCCUCCUUCAUCGACGUCUGAUUCUCUCUCAAACAAUCUAGACGACGUUCUAUCAGACAACCUCGGACGACCACUCACACCUGUUGACAAGCAGCAGUUCGAAGAUGACUGGGCAAGCAUGAUCAGCUGGAUCAAGUAUGGCGUGAAAGAAAAAGUUGGAGACUGGGUCUAUGAUCUCUGCGCAGCGAGCAAGAAGACUCCGAAGCCUGGCAUGCCACGUCCCGUCACCACAGUAGCGAAGCGCCAUCCAGCGCGCAAAACUAAACCAGCCGCAAAACCAAAGUCAAGAACAGCGAACCCGCGAGCAAGCACAACACCUUCCAUUGACAGCACCUUGGACAGUUCAAAGCUAGAGUCGACUCCAGAACUCAGCAUGUGUUCGACAGCGGACACGAGCUUCAGUACAUUCGGGAGCAGUCUCUCAAUGUCUCACUACAAUCCCUUUCAGGAUGGAAACGAUAUUCUACAGAGUCCGACAGUCAAAGCCAGGGGCAAUAGGAAAGUCAAAGCGCUUCCGAAGCGGGCUGGAAAGCAGCAGCCUGACGAGGUCGACAAUGACAAACAGGAAAAAUUUUCGACGAGCAUCUUCGACAAUGCGACUGAGGAGAUCAAACCACACCUAUCAGGACACACGCAGGUCAAUGGCGGCGGUCAGACCAUCUCGUAUCUCUCGAAUCAGCUUACCGCUUUCCCACGCUUUGGAACGCUUGGAUCGGCGCAAUUGCAGCUGCCAAUCCUGCACACGGAAUCACUCAGUUCUAACAGCCUUUCUACUGCGUUUGGCUGA